AUGAAAGAAAGAAGUGUAAUAACUGCUUUUUUAUCUGUUUCAGAACACGUUGAUGAAAAUUUUGGUCAAGGUGAUGAAAUAUUGUUGUUGAAACGCAGCGAAAAAGUUAGAACAUACAAAAAUUUUUGGGCGGGAAUUAGUGGAACAAUAGAAGUUCAAGAUAAAUCGCCUUUUGAUCGUGCACUGAUUGAAAUAAACGAGGAAACAAGUUUAUCACCAAAUGAUAUUAUAUUGAUACGGACCAGCAAGCCAAUUUUUGUAAGAGCAGAAGACAUCAAUACAAUAUGGAAAAUUCAUCCGUUUCUUUUUCGACUUGUAUCUAAAGAUUUGAAAAAUAAAAUAAGAAUAGAUUGGGAACACGAAAAAUUCCAAUGGAUCAAACCAAAUGAAUUAAACGAUUUCAACAAAACGGUCCCAAAUCUAAAAGAUACUUUUUAUAGAGUAUAUUUACCAAUUGAUGUUCAUCAAGGAAUAUUAAACAUUCGCCAUGAUAAAAAAUCAGGAGCCCAGCAGUUAGCAAACAAAGCUUUAGAUAUUUUCUAUCAAAUGAUCAAGACAAAAUCUUAUGAUAAUGGAAAUAUUAAAGAUUAUAAAGGAUUUCUUUUAACUUUGUUAAAUGUUGGAUGGCAUUUAGUUCAGGCAAGACCUAAUAAAUGCGAUGAAAUGAUACUUGAGAGGAUUGUUGAAUUAAAGACAAAGUUCAAGGAAUCUGAUCAAAAAAUAAUUGAACAUUUUAUGGACAUUUUAUCUUCAAAUAUCCAAAUUCAAAAUCAAAUAUUACACAUAAUGACAAUCAGUUAUUCAUCCACGAUUUAUUCAAUACUUUUAAAUUUAAUUCAAAAAUUUGCAAAUGAAUCAACAAAUAAGUUGAUAAUUACUGUGCUGGAGUCUAGACCAUUGAAUGAAGGUUCUACUCUAGCAAAAAACCUAUUAUUGGCAACACUAGAUCAAAACAAGAACAAUAAUGAUAACAUCAAAAUACAAUUAAUUACAGAUUCGUCCUGUUGCUAUUUUAUGUCAGAUGUAACUUGUGCACUAAUAGGAGCCGAUGAAAUUAAUGGAGACAAUGGAAAUGUAACCAAUAAGAUCGGAUCAUUGCCUUUAGCUAUAGCUGCAAAAUCUCAUAAUAAAUCUGUUUACGUGAUUUCUAAAUCUGAUAAAAUAAUUGGCAGCUAUAAGAAUGAACCAGAUGAAAUUAUUAAGUCUUACGAUGAUGUCGAAGAAUGGAAAAGAAUUAUUCAACAAAAUGGGAAUUUGUUCAAAGUUAGAAAUGUUUAUUUUGAAAAAAUUAAUUUUGGUUAUAUUGAUGGAUAUGUGACCGAACUUGACUCAACUCUAUUAAGAGUUCAAGAUAUAAAGAAGUUGUGGGAUGAUAGAAAAUUGGACGGCCAAAUUUUUGGAAUUUUGGAGUCUGAAUCAGAGUAUAUAACAAUGAAAAACACAUGUUAG